AUGGCUGAACAGAACUUCUCCGCCGCACUGGCGACAUGGAAGGAAAUCAACCUCUCCGACCUUCAGAAGACCCUCGACACGACUGCAGUCGAGCUCGUGGACAACCAGAAGGAGAACUUGGUUGGAAGAAAGAAGCUUGCUGAGCAGACCCGAGAGUUCAAGAAACUCCCAGACGAUGCCGAGAAGUUCUCUGCUAUCAAGGUCCUUCUCAAGGCCUACCAGGGCGAGAUCGACUCUCUCACGCGCCGCUCAAAGAUGUCGGAAACAUCCUUCUUGAACGUGUACAAGCUCCUUGCAGAUGCGCCCGAUCCUUAUCCGUUACUGGACGCAGCAGUCGAUCAGACUGUUAAGGUGGCGGAAGCGCGAAUGAUGGAGAGUGAAAUGGCGAGGCUGAAGGAAGAGAAUGCAGAGUUGAAGAAGACUGUGGGAGAAAUGAGUGGGCUGGAGGAUAAGAGGAAGAAGGCGGAAGGCAAGGUGGAGCAGUUGGAGGCAAAGAUGGAUGAUCUGAUCCAGGAGCGAGUCACUCAGAAGGAGAAUGAGCUCAAUGCGGAGUAUGAUGAGCGAAUGAGGAACUAUGAGGACCGGGAGAAGGGUCUGCAUCGGCAAGUGGAGACUGUUAAGCAGCAGCUCCGAGAUCUUCACACUUCGAAUGAGAGUGCUGAGGCCAAGCUCUUGAACGCUUCUCAACGACAGGAGCAAGAUGUUGCAGCUCGUCUGGCCGAGCUUGACAUGGUCGCUGCCGAUCUCGCCCGUGCGAACGAGCGCGUAGCUACAGUCGAGCGUCGAAACGAACUACUCCGAUCCGAAGUCGAGUCCGUUCGCUCAGGCUCUCAACAAGCCGAAAAGGUCAAAUCCCUCGAAUCCCAGAUCACCGAGCUCGAGCUCGAAACCUCCCGUAUCCUCGCCACUCUCGAUUCCGCCAAAGAUGCCAAAGCCCAAGCCGAGAAGCGCGCCAAAAAGCAAGCUGAAGACGCGCAAGCUGUCAUUGAUGCGCAGAAGGGUGAGAUUGAGGGAUUGAAGGAGAGGCUGAAGGGGUAUGCAGACUACGACGAGGUGAAGAGAGAGUUGGAGAUUAUGAAGUAUGUCGAGUUCUCCGGCGCCGACUUUGGAGACGCUGGAGAAGACGACGACGAGCCGCAUCUCCCGGACCCCAACGCUACUGUCGCCAAUAAGCAACAGGUCCAAUCCCUUGAAUCACUACUCGUGUCAAAGAACCGCCGGCUUCUGGAGGACCUCACAAAGCUGCGAGUGUCGUGGGAAGAGCUUUCGGUGGAGCAUGCCAAGGCGGAUGAUGUGAUUGAAGGGCUGCAGGUGGAUCUCGCCAGGCAGCGAGAGCUGGUAGAGAAACUCGAGGGAGAUUUGAUGAUGCUCGAUGGAAAGGAAGACAGAGGUGGUAGUGGAACGCCGGUUGGACUGGCUGGCCUCGACAUCGGAGGCAAGACUGAAAGCCGCUCGUCACCCGCCCCGAGCGCACAAGACACCUCCAUCCUCCCAAUCGUCACCUCUCAACGCGACCGCUUCCGUCAGCGCAACGCUGGACUCGAGGAAGAACUCCGCAAACAAUUCGAGACCAUCUCUGACCUGCGAGCAGAGGUCAAGGCGCUCCAAACGGACAACUUGAAGCUGUACGAGAAGGUGCGGUACAUAGGUUCGUAUAGAGAUACCGCGAGUGCGGGGGCGGGGUCGAGCUCGUAUCCUCCCUCGAGUAGUAGGGGUGGAGGUCUAUUGAAUGGCGUACUGGGGAGAAGGGAUGAGGAGAUUGGGAAGUACAAGGAUAAGUACGACGAGUCACUCAAUCCGUUCGAAGCCUUCAAGGGGAGAGAAGCGCAGAGGGCGGUCCAGGCGCUCAAUCCUCUAGAUAAAGGUGUAUUCGCGUUGACGAGAGCGAUCGUGGGUAACAAGCGGGCGAGGAAUUUGUUCAUCUUGUAUGCCGGAAGCCUGCACGCGUUAAUUCUCUUUGUGCUGUGGAACGGUAUGGCGGCGAGUGAUUCAUCAUCACAUCCACCUGUAACUAUCCAUCCGUGA